CGGGGCCCUUUAAGAGCGGAACGCGGCGCCCCCCGCCCGGAUACAGUGUAGCCAGCGCCGGGCAGCGCCUUAAAGGGGCCGCCGCAGAUUGAGCCGAGGGGCGCCCCCCAGACCUACCCCAGCCAUGCGGGCCGGGGGAUGGAGCCGGCGGAGCUCGACGUGCUGGGGCUGCGGGAGCAGCUGUUCCACGAGCGGGUCCGGGAGUGCCUGAUCUGCACGCUGCUCUUCGCCAGCCUCUACAUCCUGUGCCACUUCAUCAUAACCCGCUUCAAGAAGCAUGCGGACUUCACCACAGUUGAGGAUGACGAGGAUGCUGCCGUCGACAGAAUUGCGCUGUCGAUGUGCACCUUCACGCUGGCCGUCUCGCUGGGCGCCGUCCUGCUACUGCCCUUCUCCAUCCUCACCAACGAGGUGCUGCUGCUCUUCCCGCACAACUACUACAUCCAGUGGCUGAACGGCUCCCUGAUCCACGGCCUCUGGAAUCUGGUCUUCCUCUUCUCCAACCUCUCCCUGGUCUUCCUCAUGCCCUUCGCGUAUUUCUUCACCGAGGCCGAGGGCUUCGCGGGAUCCAAGAAGGGCAUCCUGGCCCGAGUCUACGAGACCUUCGUGGUGCUGCUGCUGCUGACCCUGCUGGUGCUGGGGAUGGUCUGGGUGGCGUCGGCCAUUGUGGACGAGGACGCGGGCAGCCGGGAAUCCCUCUAUGACCUGUGGGAAUACUACCUCCCCUACCUCUACUCCUGCAUCUCGCUCUUCGGGGUGCUGCUGCUGUUGUUGUGCACGCCCGUCGGCCUCUCCCGCAUGUUCACCGUCACCGGGAAGCUGCUGGUCAAGCCCCGGUUGCUGGAGGAUCUGGACGAGCAGCUGAACUGCACAAGGUUCGAGGAAGCCGCUCUCUCCCGCAAGAUCUCUGCCAGUCCCACCUCCUGCUGGCUUAGCGUGAAUGCGGCUCUGCUCCGGGAGCGGUUCCCGGCCAUCCAGAGCCGGAGACGGGCGCUGGAGCUACGGCGUGGUGCCUCGCCCUGGCAGCGGAACCUGGGCUACCCCCUGGCCAUGCUGUGCCUCCUGGCGCUGACGGGCAUCGCCGUGCUCGUGGUCUGUUUCCAUACGCUGGAGCUGCUCCUGGAUGACGCUGCCAUGCCGCGGGGGAUCCAGGACGCGCCCCUGGGGCAGGCCUCCUUCUCCAUCUUUGGGUCCUUCGGUGCUGCCCUGCAGGUGGUUCUCAUCUUCUAUCUAAUGGUCUCCUCCGUCGUGGGCUUCUACAGCUCCCCCAUGUUCACCAGGCUGCUCCCUGCAAGGCAGGAUACCCCCAUGACCAAGAUCAUUGGGAACUGCGUCUCCUUGCUGGUGCUUAGCUCCGCGCUGCCCGUCUUCUCCAGGACACUGGGAAUCACGCGGUUUGACCUCCUGGGCGACUUCGGCAGAUUUAACUGGCUGGGGAAUUUCUACAUCGUUUUCCUCUACAACAUGCUCUUCGCCACCCUCACCACCCUGUGCCUGGUGAAGAAGUUUACAUGGGCCGUGCGGGCCGAGCUCAUCCGAGCCUUUGGUUUGCACAAGCUGCCCCUGCCCGUGACACGCACCCGCCAGCCCAGCAAACUCUGCUAGGACGAGUGUGGCGCCAGCCAACGGCUGGGACUUGGGGGAUACGCCCCCAUGGGGCGGGGGGGGCAGCCCCACCCCGAUUUGAUGGAUUUAUGUGGGUCUCCUGCAUUCUGAGCCGAAGGACCAUGGACCCUGCGGAAGGGGCGGGGCCUGUCUGACUCCGCCCUCGUCUGCUUCUGACCAAUGGUGUGCUGGCGAAGGGGCCAGUAGCCUCCUGGGGUGCUGAUCCUGCAUUGGGAUGUGGGGCAUCGAGGGGGGCCCCGUCCCGGGUGGGGGAGACAGGAGAAUUCGUGACUGUUGCUGAGCAUUGCCCCCCGCCCCACCGCUGGAGCCUCCUGGAGGGUGGGGGGGAAAUGGCAGCUCCAGGUACCAUGCAGGAAGAUGUAUGGGAUUAUAAUGGGAGCUGCUGGCCAGCACGCAGUGCUGUGGGGAGGGGGCAGGGCCUUGGCUGUGGGGGGGCUCCUGGCUAGUCCAGCCCCAGGCUCUCCCCGCAGGGGGCGCUGUGGGGAGCGGGGGUUUAGCAGGUGCCGAAGUUGUCUCACUGGACUUGUUGCUAAACUCCUCUGCUGGCCCUGAACCCCCGGGCCCCUGCGCGGCCCCGGGCCCCUGCGCGGCCCCGGGCAGACCCCCGGAGCCCCGGUUACAUACCUCACUCACCUGCACUAGGCAGCCUUCGUCUGCUUCGCUGGCUGCGUCUUCUGUCGGGGCCUUUGUGUUUUUUUAUUUUAUUUAUUUCUUUUGAACAGCUGCUGCCUUGAUGUUUUAUGGGUGAAAUUACCCCCCCCCCCCGGGUAAGGCACUCCCCUCGCCCACUGAGCUCAGCCCCUCCCUGCUCGGUCUGUCUGGCCCCCUCAGCCCCAGGCUGCUCCUGUCUCUCUGACACUCAGUAACUUAAUGUGGGGCUCUGGGGUGGGGGGCUCAUCAUUCAAACACCUGGGGUUUCUUUCUCACCCUGGGCUGGAGGGGGAGGGGAAGGAGGUCUGGCUACAGACACCCCUCGUCCAGCAGGGGCCAGGCUGGUGCCUGAUCCUUCCUCGGAGUAGGGGGGGUUUACAAGCCCUGUGGGGGAGGCUAUAACUGUCAAUCCCCCCCCCCAUGGCAUUAGAAGGGGGGGGCAGAGCUGGAAAGGGUGUGGGCCAGGGUCACCAGUCCUUCCUGCAGGGCUGAAUUCAGCUCUGCUGUGUCCCUUCUCCCCAGCCCCAGCGCGUGGGAGCCCAGGGCCAGCUUGGCUUUGUCUGACGAGUGGGUCAGGUCUCUGCUCCGGCAGGUGCUAGUGACAAUGCAGAGCCGCUGUCACCUGCUGUGUGUGUGUGUGUGUGUUUUUAUUAUUAUUUAAAUAAUAAAAAGUGUCUUUUAAUA